AUGGGGAGCCCCUCGGCAGUUCGGCGUCUAAAGGAAAUGCGUCGUGAACAUUUCUCAGACUUCUUGUUCCUCAUGGAGACUAAAAACUCCAGAGAUCACGUUGUUAGUGUAAUGGAUUGGCUUGGUUAUGACAAGGUGCAUGUAGUCGACCCAGUAGGUUUGAGUGGUGGUUUGGCUCUGUAUUGGAAGGAUAUGUAUACGGUGGAAGUGUUGCAAUCAAACUCCAGACUGAUCGACACUAAGAUAUCUAAAGGAACUUUAUCCUUCUUUGCCACCUUUGUCUACGGAGAUCCGGUCAGAAGCAAGAGAGAAGAAGUAUGGGAGAGGCUAACGAGACUUGGUCUUCAAAGAGACGAAGCUUGGUUUUUAGUUGGCGACUUUAACGAGAUCAUGAACAAUAAUGAAAAGCUAGGAGGCCCGGCUAGGCCAGAGUGGUCUUUUUAUCCCUUCCGUAAUAUGACAAGGGGUUGUAGAAUCAAGGAGCUCCCGAGUUCAGGUAACACACUCUCAUGGGGAGGGAGGAGAGAGAAUGUCUGGGUGCAGUGUCAACUGGAUAGGAGCUUUGGCAACAGUUCUUGGUUCGAUAUGUUUCCACGUGCUAAAACAGAGUAUUUUGAGUAUAUGGGUUUAGAUCACAUGCCUAUUAUCACAAGGUUUGUGGGGGCGACAGGCACCUUUAGAGGUAGAUUCUGCUAUGAUAAGCGCUGGACUUGCAAGCCGGAGACUGAUGAGAUCAUCAAAAAGCAUUGGAACAUGGAGGGAGUAGGAGCAGACUGCUCAGUUACGGAUAGAUUAUUUCAGUGUAGGAGAGCUCUUUCUAAGUGGAAACGCACUGCUAAUACUAACUCUUAUAGUCUAAUUCAACGCCUGAAGUGGGAGUUAGAAAAGGAAUCCACAAAGAGGUAUCCGAGCUUUCAAAAACUGCAACAAGUUAAAUGGGACUUAGCGAAUGCUUUUAGAGAAGAGGAACUAUACUGGAAACAAAAAAAGCAGGCAAAAAUGGCUAAGUGCAGGAUAGUGUCAUUAAUUGACAAGCAUGGAAACGAAGUUUUUGAGGAAGGUUCCAAAGGGAAUGUGGCGGUUGAGUAUUUUAUGGACAUGUUCUCCUCUUCGAAUCCAGAGGGUUUUGAGGAGCUACUAGAUGGGAUGUCUACACGGGUAACAGAGGGGAUGAAUAGAGCUCUGACAGCCCCUAUUUCUGCAGCGGAAAUUAAACGAGCUGCGUUUAAGGUUCAAGGGGAUAGUGCACCUGGUGCAGAUGGUUGGACUGGCAUUUUCUUCAAACGAUAUUGGAAAAUCAUUGGGAAAGAUAUUAUAUCUGAAGUUCAAGGGUUCUUUAACUCUGGAACGAUGCCGGCGGAUUGGAACCAUACCCAGAUCUGCUUGAUACCAAAAACGACGAAUGUCAAUACCAUGAUGAACAUGCGUCCAAUCAGUCUGUGCUCAGUCCUUUACAAGAUUGUUUCAAACAUUCUUUGUUCAAGACUGAAAUGCUGUCUACCAAAGCUAGUGUCAGAGACUCAAGGAGCCUUCGUGUCAGGGAGACUGAUCUCCGAUAACAUCCUGAUAGCCCAUGAGAUAGUACAUGCACUAAGAACAAAUGGGAAGUUUAAUGAAGAGUUUAUAGCGGUCAAGACAGACAUGUCUAAAGCAUAUGAUCGGGUUGAAUGGGACUUCUUGGAGACUCUGUUUACAAGAAUGGGUUUUGAUGCUAAAUGGAUACAGUGGGUGAUGACAUGUGUCCGUUUGGUAUCUUACUCAGUUCUCAUUAAUGGAAGUGCCCACGGUUUCAUUGUUCCGAACCGAGGGAUCAGACAAGGUGAUCCCCUAUCACCUUUUCUCUUCAUCCUAUGUGCAGAGGCUCUAAUACACGUGCUAGAACAAAAGCAGAUGCAAGGCUGGCUUACAGGCUUGUUUAUCAGCAAAGCAGAUCAGAAUGAAUGUGAAGUACUCCUGCACUAUGGUCGAGCAUCAGGGCAGCGAAUAAACUUCUCAAAAUCUGCUAUCACUUUCGGAUCCAAGGCCACUAAGCAGAGGAAGAUCAUGGUUAAGACUAAGUUGGGAAUCUUGACAGAGGGUGGAACAGGCUCUUAUUUGGGCUUGCCAGAGUGUUUUAGUGGUUUCAAACAAGCUCUGCUGGCCUUCAUUGGUGACAAGUUAAAGAAACGCCUACAUGGUUGGUAUGCUAAGUCCCUCUCUAUGGGAAGGAGGGAGAUUCUUCUUAAAUCAGUGGCCAUAGCUCUGCCAGUGUACGUCAAAGAAAGAUCGCUUGGGUGGCGUGGAAAAAGAUGUGCAAAGCGAAAUCUGAGGGGGGCUUGGGUUUUAAAGAUAUGGUCGAGCUUUAACCAGGCUUUAUUGGCGAAGCAAUCAUGGCGCAUGCUCAAUAACCCAAACUCUCUUAUUGCGAGGUUCUUUAAAAGCAGAUACUUUCGUACCACGACCAUCCUGGAAUGUGGCUCUGGUUCAAGACCUUCUUAUGCCUGGAGGAGCAUCUUAUAUGGAAGGGAACUGUUAAAGCAAGGGCUUGUCAAGAUUAUAGGAGAUGGGAAAGACACUUUCGUGUGGUUGGAUAAAUGGAUACAGGAUCAGCACCCUAGAGCUCCGUAUCGUGCGCAAAUAUUUUUUGAUGUGGGUAUGAAAGUAGCUCAGCUGAAGGAUCAACAUACUGGUGUCUGGCACGUGGAUAUGGUUAAAGAUAUUUUCCCUCCUUUGGACGCUAAGAUGAUACUGAAGAUGAAGUGUACCGCAUCCCAUUCUGAUUGCUCCAUCUGGUCUUAUACCAAGUCGGGUGCAUACUCAGUGAAAAGUGGAUAUUGGCUGGCACAGUCUCUCCUAUCACGUUACGAGACCCCUUCUGAAGAGCUUAAGCAGUCAAACUUGCGUAAGGAGAGUCUAUGGAAACUGCGUACGGUACCGAAAAUCAAAACCUUCCUUUGGAGAAUGCUUUCUGGAGCUCUCGCAAUAGCAGGGAGAUUAGCCUCGCAAGGGUUAACUGUUGACCUGCGGUGUAUGGUUUGUGGCGCUUCUCCGGAAACUAUUGCUCACACAAUUUUUGGGUGUCAAAUUGCUAGGCAAGCUUUUGCGCUAGCUAAUAUCCCUGUCCCUCAGGCAGGUUUCUUGCGGGUAGGAGGAAGUUGGAUUCUUAGAGAUGAAUAUGGUCGGGUGAGGUAUCAUGCUCGUGAUGCACUUAAUGGGGCUACGACGCUAGUACAUGCGGGACUGCAGGUCCUCAAGUGGGUAAUAGAAGCAAUACAGAUUAUGCAUGUGGAACAGGUGAUUCUUGAGAUUGAUUGCGCGAUGGUGGUACAGGCCAUUAAUCAACCACAAGAUUGGCCAAAACACUGCUUUCUUCUGCGGGAAAUACAUGGGUGCCUAGACAGUAUGAGCUUUUGGGAGUGUAAACAAGUUUCAAUAACAGCAAAUAAGGUGGCCCGUUCUAUAGCAAGGAGCGUGACAAGGGAUGAGCGUUUGCAAUUGUAUAUGGCUCUAGGUGCACCGUCGUGGCUACAGGACAUCCUUAUGAAUGACGAGCGUUAA